AUGGCUUCUAAACUGUUUCCCGCCCUCGUGCGUUCCUCCCGACAAGCCGUUCGACAGAUUUCCCGCCCUCAAUGGCGGUCAUUCUCUGUGGGCGCGCCAGUGCUUAGCGAUGCGCUCGCUGUGCACCGCAACAAACCUGACAAUAACCCGUCUAUCCCUUUCAAGUUCAGCACGGAGAACCUGAAAAUCAUCGAUGAAAUCCUCAAACGCUACCCCCCACAGUACAAGAAGGCCGCAGUCAUGCCAAUUCUGGAUCUCGGCCAGCGCCAGCAUGGCUUUACCAGCAUCAGCGUCAUGAAUGAGGUUGCUCGUCUACUAGAAAUGCCCCCCAUGCGAGUAUACGAAGUCGCGACCUUUUACACCAUGUACAACAGAGAGCCUGUGGGCAAGUACUUUGUGCAAGUCUGCACAACGACACCUUGCCAACUCGGCGGAUGCGGAAGCGACAAGAUUGUCGAGGCGAUUAACAAGCACCUCGGCAUUACUCCCGGACAUACAACAGAGGACGGCCUCUUCACUUACAUCGAGGUCGAAUGCCUCGGUGCUUGUGUCAACGCUCCAAUGGUCCAGAUUAACGACGAUUAUUACGAGGACUUGACUCCCGAGUCUGUGGUCCAACUCCUGACUGCCUUGAAGGAAUCUGCUGGCAGUGCCACAGCCAAGGUCCCUGCCCCCGGCCCUCUCAGUGGAAGAGACACAUGCGAAAACAGUGCUGGCUUGACAAAUCUGAAGGAGGUUACAUGGGAUCCUGAGCAGUUCAUGAGGAAAGAUGGAGAGUUGUAA